AUGGCCGAAGUCCCCGCAGCCGAAGUUCCCCAGGCUGAGAAGGAUGAGCUCUUCUGUGCCUACGCCGCGAUGAUCCUCAAGGACAGCGAGCUCGACAUCACGGAGGACAGCAUCAACUCCUUGAUCAAGGCUGCUGGUGGCUCGAUCGACUCCUUCUUCCCAGCCCUCUUCGCCAAGCUGUGCCAAGGCAAGGAUCUGGACAGCAUGCUGAAGUUCGGCGGCGGCGGCGGUGGCGGUGUCGCCGUCGCUGGAGGUGCCGCUGCGGAUGCGGGCGCAGGUGGUGGCGAGGCCAAGAAGGAGGAGAAGAAGGUCGAGGAGGAGGAAGAGGAGGAGGAGAUGGACUUCGACCUCUUCGGCUGA